GAGAGAUUUCGUUUUCAUCGAUCGGGUAAUUAAAUGCCCUGGUGAUGGCGUUUUUAGCAGCUCCAAAAUCCAAGUGGAGUUCUGCCACAAACCUUGCGGGAUCUGGGGAAGUCUCGACACAUCGAUGACCCUCGGGAACAAAUUCAGUUGGGGAUAUCCACCAAAAGCUGGUCUAUGACAAUCGACUAAUGGCUUCAAGAAAUGUACACCUGCACGCCAAACUUCUCUCGGUAACCAGUGUCUGAUGGUUGAAGUAGAUUAAAAAAAUAAUUUUUUUUUUUUUGAAUUUUACAAUAUCAUCUUCGGAAUGAGUAAUAAUACAAUAGGCGGUCCAGAACUUUUCUCCUUGCUUGAGUCUAACAAACCCAACGAGGUAGAUGAAAUAAAAACAGUUCUUCACGAGCACUUUCUAUCGACUAAAGACAACUGGUUAGUAAAUGGACUCUUUGAAUACUAUCUUUCAACAAAUUCCAAUAGAGCAGUUGAUGUUUUGGCCAAAGUACGAGAACCACAUGACAAACACUUGCUGGAUAGACUGUAUGAAGCUCUUGCCAAACCAAGUAAUCAGGGUCAAAAACUCCUGACUCUUACACUCUUGGGCCAUGUGUCACGUCGACAACCCACCUGGCUUUUUAAGCUUGCAAAUCAUCCACUCUUCAAAGAACUUCUCAAAUUACUAAAAACGGAGGGAGAAACUUUAUCAUUAAUGAGUGCACUCUUGUUAUUGGUGACAUUAUUGCCAAUGAUACCAGGAGUCCUUGGACCACAUCUUCACGAUAUCUUUGAAGUUUUCGCUCGUUUAGUUACUUUUUAUUAUAAUCAAGCUUCCCAACUUUCUUUACAGAAUUCGACUUCUGUCGAGUGGGAUAGAAUUUAUUUUUUACACUUACAGGUGGGACUCUAUAGUCUUUUUCACAGACUGUACGCCAUGUACCCGUGCAAUUUUGUCUAUUAUCUUCAACAACAAUAUCAACGCGAUUCAGAUCCGACAUUUUUUUACACUGUGCAGCCAAUGUUGGAAUCUGUCAAGAUGCAUCCGCUUUUAAUAACAACGUCCAAGGACGCUGAAAUUAGUCAACAAAGGUGGAAAAAAAUGGAACAUCAUGAUGUUGUGGCGGAGUGUGACAAAUAUACUAUAGAUAGGAAAAAUCAAGAGGAAAUUAUUGUACCUACAAAAAAUGCACGUUUUACUCCGAAUCCGGAUUAUCCAUAUUCUGGAAGUGAUACAAUUGGAGAUGAUGAUACAUUUUGGUCUCCGAGUAUGUUAAUGCCACCGCAUAGUCCUUCAAUUUUACAAACGCAACCUCAUGAAAUCAGAUCAACGCCUUCAACUCCAGGCAAUAAAAGUCGAACUUCACCACCUGAAGCGGCAGUUGAAGCUACUCCAGAAACAACACCUGUCAAGGAUUCAAGACAGAUACCAUCGAGGCAACCAAUGAGUAAUUCGGCCGUUAGGGCACUCGGUGCAUUUGGAAAUGGAGUUCUCGGAGUGAAUUCUCGACCGUCAACACCAAAUUCCGUGAUUUCUUCAAAUUUCACAUUCGGAGGCGGCGACAAUUCUUCAAUAACUUCCUCGAUACUUUCGCAAAAACUCGAGAAAGUCGAAUCCGAUAGAUUCAAUUUUCAAUCGCCGAAAUCAAAAAAUGUUUCGAAUAUUAAGGAAAAAUUGUCGGAGGCCGACGUCAGUCAAAAUGGAAAAAAUGAUUCCUGGCAAGAGGAUCAGGAGAUUUUGGAAAUUGUGAAUGCAAGAGGCAGAGGAAAUAAUGCGUCGAGUUAUUUACAACAAAGAUUACAAAUGAAUGAUUGUGUCAAGAAUAAAAAUGUCCAAAGAUUCUUUCCAAUUUCACAAUCGCAAACAACAAAAUUGGAUAAUAGUGGAAAUAAUGAGAAAUUAGAUUGCAUCGAACAAAAUGCGAGUAGAUUGAAGAAAACCGAGGAAAUCGGCACUCAAACUUUAGAUUUUAUUCCUUAUGAACAUCUCCUUAAAGAUAUUUGUAAUAAAAAAAAUCAAGAGGCCAGUUCAGAGUCACCUGCAAUUCUUCUCGAUCGUUACAUUGAAACUUGUGUCGGUACAAAUAGUUCCAGCGAUUGUAAUCGAUCAAGGUCGAGUGUAUCGAAAAUAAAGCAGAGGAAAAGAGGCGGCGACGAUGACCAAGGAGACGAGAAUGUAGAGGAUGACGGCCUACAUCACGAUUGUAUUAAUCAAUUGCAACUCGUUCAAAUGCUACUUCAAUUUGAAAGACAGCGACGAGAAGUUCUUGCCGAACGAAAUCGCAGGCUUUUCGGCAAAAUGAGAGAUUCGCGUGUUUCCGAGGAACACACCGUUGCUCUCAAUGAUCGUCUAAGAAUUCUCGACGCUGAGAAUAGUGCACUAAAAACUGAAUUGGAUCGAAGUAAAGCGGAAAUUCGUUCAAUUGAUGAAAGAUGUUCACAGGCCUUACAACAUUGGCAAUCGAAGUGCGUGGAAGAGCAGCAACAAAAUCAAACUUUCAAAGACAAAAUUGAAGCAUUAGAAAUUGAAUUAAAAAGCGAGAGGAAAAAAUUGUCGGAAGGCGAAAGACAAAUGAAAUCACUUGAAUCUGAUUUAUUCACCGCGGGUAAUCAACUUAAGGAAACAUUAAAAACAGUCAACUACGCUGAAGAAUUACAGAAAAAAUUAUGUACCAUUAAAAAACAAUUUUUACUAUUCCGAGAAGCGCAAAUGCGAAUCCAACAAGAACGCACAGAUAUUUAUACGAAAGAGGCUAAAGAAGAGACCGUCGAAAUGCUCCAAAAGUCCUACGCCGAAGAGUUACUAAGCUUAAGAAAACAAGUGGAAAAUGGAAAAGCACUUGUCGAAGCGUUUAGAAAUCGUUUAGGCGAAUUGGAGAAUAAGGAAGCCCGCAAGGAAAAUCAAAUUAACGAUCAGCAGCGUCUAUUAUUAGAAGCAAAAGAACGACACGAAUCCGAAUUACAAGCUGUUGAAUCCAAAUACAAAGCGCAAAUGGAAAUAAAUCUUCUUCUUCAAUGUAAAAUUUUGGAGUUAAAUGGAAAAUUAGAGACUGAAAAUUCCCAAAGUGGUUCAGUGACAAAUUUAAUGUCUUCUUGUUCACCGCAACCGUCUUCAAGUGUCGAGUGUAAUAUUCAAUACAAUACUAGUGGAACAAUUAAUGAUUACAAUGAUUCCGCUGGUGAAAUACUGAAUUUGCAUGCCAUUAUAGAAUCACGUCCGAGUCAGAUAAUGACUUCGACCCGGUCUAAUCAACAUCGAUAAAAAAAAGAAAAAAAAACUAAAUUAUAUCAUAUGAACAAUAUUGUAAAUUUUAUCAGGUCUUUCAUUUUCGACCUUGCUGUUCCAAAAAAGAAAAUUUUUCCUUUUUUUCUUGGAGAAUUUUUUUUCCAUAAGAAAAAUUAAUUAGUAGCUUCUAAACAAUAGGCUAAAAUUAAUUAUUCAGUGAAAAAUUUUAAUAUUGCAUGAUCGCGAUCGCUGGGUGGAGAUUUUAUUAUGAAAUUUGUCUCCACUUUUCGAUCACCAGCUUCUUUACGACGAAUUCACUCUGAAUAAAAGUUGAAAUAUUUUGUGAGCAAUCUUAAAAAAAUGUCUUAGUCCUUUAUACUCCUUUUUCUCUUACAUUCUCAUAACAAAUGAAAAGGUUAUAAAUAUUAUUACUAAUAAUAAUUAGAAUAUAGAAAAUAUGGAAAAUCAUUUUUUACUAUAAAAAAACAAUGUAUUUGCAAAACAAAUGAUUAAAAUUCGUGUAUAAUACUGAACGAUUAAAAAAGAAAAAAGAAUCUGUCGAAUAUCACACGUGAAUACGCACAAAUUAUAUUUGUACCAUUGAUUGUAAAUUAUUUAACAUUUAAUAAUUAAUAAUUAAUAAUGAUGAAAAAAUCUAUAAACAAUGAAAAUUAAAC